AUGGAGCUCUCAUUCGCUCCUUCCUCCCUUCCCCUUCGUAUUCGCGUCUCUCACUCCCCCACCAAACCCUCUUCUUCUUCUUCUUCUUGUUCAAUUCUCACUGCCAAAUCCCACUCCCUCUCACAAUGCACUCCCCACUCCAACUCAUUUGGCCUCCUCACAUGUUCUUCUAGACCCUUCCCCAACUUACGGAGGAGGCCGAAUUCCAUCUGGGCCUGCAGUCAAGCUGAAGCUGCUGGAUCUGAUCCUGUACUUUCCAAGGUUUCAGAUUUUAAAGAUGCUUGUUGGAGAUUCCUGAGGCCCCAUACUAUACGUGGAACAGCUCUGGGGUCAACUGCUUUGGUGACAAAGGCGUUGAUCGAGAACUCCCAUUUGAUAAAGUGGUCUUUGCUGUUUAAGGCAUUUUCUGGCCUUUUUGCUCUGCUAUGUGGGAAUGGCUAUAUUGUUGGCAUCAAUCAGAUAUAUGAUAUCAAAAUUGACAAGGUAAACAAACCUUAUCUACCCAUAGCUGCAGGAGAUCUCUCCGUCAAAUCAGCAUGGCUUUUGGUUAUAUUUUUUGCAGUCACUGGUCUGUUGGUUGUUGGGUUCAACUUCGGGCCAUUCAUUACUUCUCUUUACAGUCUUGGUCUUUUCCUUGGCACCAUCUAUUCUGUUCCUCCAUUUAGAAUGAAGAAAUUUCCUGUUGCAGCAUUUCUUAUAAUCGCCACGGUACGGGGUUUCCUUCUUAAUUUUGGUGUAUAUUAUGCAACUAGAGCUGCCCUUGGACUUCAAUUUGAGUGGAGCUCCCCUGUUGCUUUUAUCACCACCUUUGUAACAUUAUUCGCUCUGGUGAUUGCCAUAACAAAAGAUCUUCCAGACGUAGAGGGGGACCGUAAGUUUCAGAUAUCGACCUUUGCAACAAAACUUGGAGUUAGAAAAAUUGCCUUCCUUGGUUCUGGGCUAUUGCUCGUAAAUUAUGUUGGUUCUAUUUUGGCAGCAAGUUUCAUGCCUGAGGCAUUCAGGCGUAGCUUAAUGAUACCUACUCAUACAAUCUUGGCAUUGAGCUUAAUAUUUCAGACCUGGGUGCUCGAGCAAGCAAAGUACACUAAGGAAGCCAUUGCCAACUACUACAGGUUCAUAUGGAAUCUGUUCUAUGCAGAGUAUAUCAUUUUCCCUUUCAUCUAGACCUUUAGCCAGUAUUUCUGAAUCUUGCCAAAAAUGGAGGGAAAGAGAGAUCGAGAUGUAUAGAGAGAGAGAGAGAGAGAGAGAGAGAGAGAGAGACAGACAGACAGA